AUGUCGAACAAGAAAUUGAUUGUUAUCCUCGGCGCAACGGGAAACCAGGGCGGCUCAGUUGCCGAGGUUUUCCUCCAAGAGCCGGAAUGGCGUGUCCGGGCCGUGACCAGGAACCCUGCCAGCGCAAAAGCCCAAGCACUGGCUGCCCGCGGCGCGGAGGUUGUCCAAGCAGACUUGGACGAGCCAUCAACUCUCUCGGCGGCCUUUAAGGAUGCGAAUGCCAUUUUUGCCGUCAGCGAUUUUUGGGGGCUUUACGGUGACCCUGCAAGCGCAGCCAAGGCGAAGGACCAACCGCUUAAUGUCUGGGCUGCUAACCAUGAGACGGAGCAAUUAAAGGGCGUUAUUGAUGCUGCCGCCAAGGUGCCUACCCUGGAGCGCUUCGUGUUAUCGUCUCUUUCCAACGCGGCCAAGUGGUCCAAGGGAAAAUACACGCACGUCUACCAUUUCGACUCGAAGGCCAAGGCCGAAGAGUACGGGAGAGAAACGUACCCCGAGCUGUUCAAGAAGACUAGUGUCUUCCAGGCGGGGUUCUUCCUGAGCAAUUUCCUGUCAAACCCGAUCAUGCAACCUCAGGUGACCGCAGAUGGUGUAGCCCAGUUUGUGGCCCCUCUCGACCCAGACAUUAAGCUGCCUUUCAUCGCCGCUGAGGAAGACACUGGACCGAUUGUGAAAGCGCUCGUGGAAGAAGCUCCCGGAAAGAACGUUAUUGGUUAUAGGGAGUGGAGCACCCUCCGCGAGGUCGCCGAGGCGUUUACGCAGGCCACUGGGGUCAAAGCCGAAUGUAUCAUGUUGAAAAAAGGAGAAUCGAACGUUCCACUGCCACCGGAUCUCGCUCAGGAAUUGGAAGACAACUGGGCUUAUUGCAACGAGUUCGGCUACGAGGGCCGGGAUGACCCCACGAUCAUCCACCCCAAAGACUUGAACUCGCCUCCAAAGUUGGAUAGCAUUGUAAACUACUUCAAGAAGCAGGAUUGGUCCAAGGUCCUGGAACAGAAAAAAUAG